CAGGGAGGGAGCCAUCAAGGAGCGAGUCUCGGACACCUCCGCGCCGCGUCUCGAGACAGCGGUGUGACUCACAGGCCGGGGAAAGGUUAAUUAAGGUGGACGCUGCUCAGAACUACAGGUACCAAGAAUGCCUAAGGCUGUAAGGAAGACCAAGGGCAGUGUGGGGGUGGACCGAGGUAACCCCCUGAGUGCCCAGGGUGCGGAGAGUGGGCAUGGUUGUGGGCCCUCAGCAGCUGACAGGGUGUGGGCAGGGAGGAAAGGCCAUACACACAGCUCAGGGGCUAAGCUGGGAGAGUGCAUGGGCAGGGAGGUAACUGAGUGCCCACUGGGUGAAGGGACGGCUGAAAAUGAGGUGAUGGGCUGUGAGGGCCAGACAGUGUUAUUGCAGGACCAGGCCAGACUGAGGAGACUGGCCAGUAAUUCUUCUGUACUUGCUGGAGUUGCAGCACAGCCCUGCAGAGGUCACAAGAGGAACUGUGACCUCCCCCCGAGCGUUGCUGUGCUUCAAGAGGACUCGGAUCGUCAGAAGAGCUGCGAUCACCUUUUCCAGAAUGUUGAUAUGUUGCACGAAGACUCAGAUUACCUCAGAAGCUGCGAUCACCUCCUCCAGAAUAAUAAUAUAUUUUACGAAGACCUCAAUCUCCAAGUUUAUCCCUUCCAGAGUGGCUGUCAGGAUGUGAGGGUGACGUGGGCUAUGCCUGUAGCUAGUGAUUGGGGCAUCACUGUGCCCUGCAACAUCCUUCCCAAAAAAAGGAACCUUAAAACUCUCCUCAGCACCAAACCUGCUCCUUUUGCUUUUCCAAGCACUGCACAGUAUAAUUCAUUGUGUGUGGAGGCCUCCCCACUGUCCAAGAAACAGAAACACCUUAGAAAGCAUUUCGAAGGGGGAGCAAACACUCCUCCAGAGCUGCUUAAAGACUAUCCAUCAUUUACAAGCAGCAGCAGCAACAAGCAAAGAAUGAGGGGUGAGGCAGCAACAACAGGUAACAUAGAUAAUUACCCAAGUGCCAUCAUGUUAGAAGAGACUCCCACAGUGAUGCAUUAUCAAGGAAGAGCAAAUACUCCUCAGAAGCUUUUUAAAAAAUAUCCUUCAUGUUCAGGAAGCAACAGCAGCCAGCAAGGGGUGAGAGGUGAGGCAGAAGCGAUGGGUAGCAAGGAUAAGUGCCAAAGGGUUGUUAUGUUAGAGGAGACUCCCACGAUGCUACUGUCUAUUUGUAAGGAGCAGCACAGUCAGGUGCAUGUCAUCAGGUAUGCUGUGGAUCAACAGGGCAACAGCCACCAGCAAGGGCAACAUGGCCAGAACUUGUGCACUGAUGCAAACAAAGUCCAUCAGAGCAAAGGAAGUCACUCUAGUGAUGAGGCUUCCCCUUCACAGGCAACAUCUCUGCAGAACACUUUUGUCUGCCUCAGUGAUCAGACGUACAGCAUAACGCCAGGAGAGGUGAACUACAUUAUUGACGCUGCUUUGCCUCCACUACCAUCAUUUGGGGAGAGGAAGUUGAACUCUCAAGAGAAAGACAGUAACAUGCCAAAACCUGGAAGUUCGUCAGGAACAUCAGGUGGAGUUGGUGGAGGUCCCUCGAUGCUGCCUGUGUCUACUCCUUGUACUGUGCCCUUUACAACCAUAAGCUCUUAUUAUACGGGCGACACAGAAGCUAUGAUCCUCCUCCGAAAUUCUGCAUUCGAUUCAUUCUUGGAGGCAGGAAAGGGCAGAACAAAACCUCCCUCAACCCUCCUAUCCUCUCAUUGUGGAGGGAUGCCUGAGAGAAACAUGGCUAAUGGGUCAUAUCUUUCAAGCCAGAAUACAAGAGUCCUGAACGAAUGUCAAGUGGUUACCCAGCCAGCCCAGGUACAACGUGUUGGAGGUGGUGGUCAGUCAGUUUUCAGCAGCUCACUUGUUCCUCAGCUUCACUCACGAGUAACAACAGCACCAGCGGCAGCCUCCCACUCACUGAACAGUCAGGUGGUGUGGACAGCCCAAGACCCAAAGUUCUCCGUGCCAUUGAUCAUCCCGCCAGAAAGGGAGGACAAGAGCUGCCACGUGAACCCUCAGCCAGGGGACAGAUGGCGUGGCCUCAACUCAGUGUCACCAUACAAUGAUGAAGAUUCUGCAAGCUUCCAUCAAGAUAUAAACUUUUCAGCCCGCAUGGUGGAGGAGUAUAAAAGAAAAGAAAGCCUUAAAACCGAAUCAAAUUUAAUAAUGCCUGGUGACAGUGCAAGAGAUUCAGUAUGGUUUUCUGAUGGCAGGAGCACACUGAAGACAAGUGCAAAUAGAAGCAUUUUAGGAGAAUAUUCCACUGAUAUCAAUUUAAGUAACGGCAGAACGUAUUCCACUACCGACAGCCAGACUCAAGCCCAUGUUGAGGCCAGACCACUUCUUGGUGAGGGAGACAGCCUUGCAAUGCCCUCCACCUUCACUGACUUCUUGAUUGAUUCAGAGGAGGAUGACAUGAAUGCUUACACACAGCCAGAUGAAGCUUGCAAGAUGCUGCCAUAUUAUGAAGUAAGUGGCGUUGAUGAAAAGGAUGUUGUAGCAAAAGAAAGGGCACAAGGAUGCACUGUGGACACGGACAAUGAGGUAAAAGUAGCCCCGGUUACCUCUGCUAAUAUUUCUGCCAAAACUCCGUGGCUUGAUGACAACAUGAAUGCUGGUGACUUCAAUGACCUGCUUGACUCGCUGCUCGGUGAUUUAGAGGGCGAAAAGGUAGUUGAUUGUGCAGCAGACUUUGCUGACGGUGUUUCAAGUAACUCUGUAGAUCCCUCCACUAGUAAUACGGAAGAAGCAAGAGAGGAUAAACCACUGGAAAAGUCACAAGAGCACAUUUUGAAAAACACAAGUGGAAGUGAUUACAGUGUGGACAUCAAUAAAGGUGAACACCUCCCCAGACCUCUAUUGCUCAAGGUUCUAGAGAAAGACCUAAGUAAGGAUGUUGCUCUUCUCGUGCCUGUGACCAGCCUCUCGCACCUACACAAGACCAGUCCCAACACCCAACAGUCUCAUUGCAAAACGUUAAACACCAAUACUAAUGCAAAAAUUCCCCAGACAGUUUCUUUCAGGACAGUACCAUCACUGAGUGGGUGUGGUAUUGUCCAUUUGACAACACAAAAUGCUCAGAUAAAGCCGACCCUUGUUAACUGCCUGAACAAAGGCAAGCAAACAGAAACAAAGGGAGAGGCUCUCAGAUAUGCAAGAGAACUUUCUAAGAACACUUCAAAUUAUUCUGGUCAAAAGAAGUGUGAAUUGCCUUCAAAUUAUUCAACAUCUGGGAUGCAGCCAGGCUCUCAAAAUGUUGCAUACUGUAGUGUAAAUGAGAAUACAAAGCUGACCUUACCUAUUGGAGAAACUGGAAUUAGCAUAAAUAUACCAAAAUAUGCUUCCGUUAAUGUGAAGUCCUUCUUAACUUCGGAGAGCCCCAAAGACAACCCGCCACAUAGCCAGCCUGUGAGUGCCAAGCAGUGGUGGCCAGAGUUCAAUAGCAGCUCAGUGGUGAAGAUUGCUCCCGCAUUUCUCGCCACUGCUGCUUCACUCAAAGUCGGACAUUCACCCCAAAUCAACAGUAAAUCUCGACAGCAAAGUGGAAAAAAAAUACUCCUCUCCCAGACCGUCACUAGAGUUGUCAGUGCAUCUGCUCAAACAGAUCUCAUAAAGCUCCAGCCCGCCAUGUCACCAGUGCUCGUGACUCCAGUAAGUAAGGAAUCAUUAGUGCCAUGUGUUGUGCCUCAGGGCGCCUUGACACACACCAGCAGUGAAUCAGCAGUGACUGGUCUGGGCGCCCUCCUUUGCAAGAAAACAGCAACACAGUAUUAUCUCCGUAGUGCAGCUUAUCCCCACAUCAGCACCAGUGAAAUGGUUAAACUUGUCCCCCAUCCUGAAACAAGUUCCCCUCUCUGCCCAUCAACCAAGGUGGAGCAACCGGUCAUAAUACAGAUCAAGUCCUGCACAAAAAGCAGCAUUGAUACAGCCACAGCCACAAAGGAAACAAGAUCCCACAAACGAGAGAACAUGAACGAAACUGGUGAAAAUUUACAAAGACAAAUAGUGAAGAAAAAAUCAUACCCUGAUUCAUUUGAGUCAAGGAAGGAGCUCAUGCAGGAUUUAAAAGAGUUGCUUCCAGAGUUCUCAGAUUCUGUUCUCAAUAUGCUACAUCUGCCCCCCAAGGCCAUCCAUCGAGGUUACUUCAGCGCGAGUGAACAGAAACUCCUCAAAACCCAGGCACUCGGGAUUCACCUGGACAUAUACCACAAGGCCAAGGAUUCUUCAUGCUCCCUCGAUGGCUGUACAACCUGCGCUGUCAUCAGGCAAAGACGCAUCCUAACAUGGGGAGAGCAGGACUUAAAGCACUACAGCAAAAAGAAUAAAGGACGAACCGUGAGAAAGCAGCCAAAGGGGAAAAAGAGAGAAGGAAGCUUGAGGUACGACACUGAGGAUGAAGAUGAUCUGUAUUUCAGGUCUCCAUCCCAAGCACCUUUGAAGGGAGAGUUUACUAAAUCAAAAGAUAAUUAUUUAGGUGCUCAUUGCAAAAGGGCUAAAGAAAAUAUCAAGAAGGAAAGUGUCCAGAAGUCACCUUUUCUACUUCGGGGAAAGAGCAGGGCAUGGGGAAGAGGCAAAGUAAAGCGUUCCAGCUCAGAUACUGACCUGUUGCACCUCAUCAAGAAGGAAGCUGCAAAAGGGGACAAGAAUGGUUGUUUUGAUGACUUACACCUCAUUGCUCACCCAGGACUUCAAAGCUCACAUGGCCACAGGCUGUACUCAUCACCCCAGGGCUCCAGUACCUCACCUUUCCACAGUUUGUCAUCAACACCCUCUAAGGGGAAGGAGUCUCCCUGUAGAAGAGAAACCACCCCAAGAACAAAGUCUCACAUGUACAACCUUAGAAGUGACCACUGGGCCUCGGUCUGCAGGACAGCUGCUGCCAAUUUGAGACUGAAGAAAGAACUAAUGAGAGGCCAUGUGCCAUACACGGAACAUCAGAACGCAGGGGAGAGCAGGGCAUCAUGCAGGGGGCCCCAUCCUGAACAUUUGAUCAUUGACAUCUCUUCCAUCACCAUUGGAACAGUCCACACUCUUGCUGAGGAAGGACCUCUCAGCUGGCCAAAACUGCAUGUUGACUUCUCUUACAGAAAGUUGACAUAUGUAUUCCAUGUGAUGAAGAAGAAGAAUGGAAACAAAUUGGAUGUGUCACUUAGGACAAUGGGAGAAAGUGGAGAAACGUCAGUUAUGAAACAAGAUGAUCACGAACCAGCCUCAUGUGGACAAAAUAAAACUCUGGCUCAGACUUUCUUUGUUGUUGAUGUGCCCUUCACCUGCCUGAGGGCCCUGAACAUCACCUCCAAUAAAGUCAUGGUGCUGGUGGACACUCUGCCUGGUGCCUGUCUGAUGAGCUGGAGUGAAGAAGGUUGGACCAGCCUGCCUUGGAGCCACCCUGUCGGCCUUGCCUGCCAUGCCCGCCUCACCCUCUUCAGAGCCCUGCUGGCUGUGUCUCCCAUGCACCAGUUGUGUCUCCAAGAUGGGAAGGACCAGGCCAUGCAGGAGAGCCUGUCUCGGUUCUCGCCGUGGUUCAAGCAGACACUGUCUCGACCUUUUCCUGUCCAAAGUGAAUUUGCUCCCUCCUGGGCCCUCCCCUUCCCUGCCAUUCCUGCUGAUCUCUCCUCCACAACAUGUACAGUUUCUUCAUCCUCCUUGUCACCUCCCUCAUCCUCUUUAUCCUCCAUAACAUCUCUGUCUCCCUUUCUAAGUUCUACAUUUGAGGAUGCUGUCCCUCAAUAUACAGCAUUCAGCACCCUUCCUGGUGUGUCUGCUCCGAACAGUAAUUCACCCAAUCCUCAGUCUACACCUUCUUCAGAAGUGCAGGGAGGAGCUCAGCACGUUCAGAAGCCUAAAGGCCGAGUACACUCAGAACAGACCACAAAGCCUGGGCUCACUGAUGCUGGGCCUGCCGCUGCUUUGCCUGCCGUUUCAUCUGAGCCGUACAUCGUGUCAUCUGUGAGGGCAGUCCUGCAGGCACAGGGGUUCACGCAUGUCCUGCCUACCAAGCAACCCUUGCAGUACCCUCCCAACCUGUGUCUGGAGAAGGGUUGCUCCUGCAGAGGAAUGUGCCGAACAAUGGAGUGUCCGUGUGCCCGUGCUGGUGUUCUGUGUCACCCCAACCAGUCAUGUUGCUGCGAGAAUUGUGACAACCCUCUCAACGUCCUUCAUGUGAUGGGCAUUGACGUGCAGGCAGCCCGUCAGGAUGAGUGCCUGAUGCAAAACCUCUAUAACUAUAAUGUGGGUGGGUUGUGCUCCGUGCUUGUGUCCCGUGUGAGGCUGCCAUGCUGUGGGGCCUCGCCAGAGCUGCUGAAGGUCAUCCCAGGCACUGUGACAUGUUCCUGGUGUGCAGCGCCCGUCAGCUACUCUUGGUGCAGCCACUACGUCCACCUGCAGACUCUGUGUCCCCGCAGUCACUGUAUGGAGUGUUUCCGCUGCAAGCCUGUCAUGAACACACACUGCCAGACGUGUCAUGUGUGCACCAAGACCCAUGAGGGGAAGUGUGCGGAGUGUGGCCUAAACAAGUUCUGAAAGUAGAAAGUUCAUACCUUUGAAUGUUAACAUGAAGUGUAGUAUACUGUAUGUGUUUCAGUUUAUUCCUAACAAGUUAUUUUAAACAGCUUAACUUAAUAUGCUGCAUAAUCAUAUAUAUUUGAAUUAAUUUUCCAUGCACAUAUAUGAAAAUAUUGAAAAAAAAUGUAACCUGUUAUAAACUUUUUUUGUAAAGAGUGUUGCAAUAAUGCUUCAAACAAGUGUUGAAUUAUGAAUUGAAUUAUGAAUGAACUUCCAAGAGCAUAAAUAUUUUUCACCAAAGGAUGUGAUUUAAUCUAGCAGAACAGACAACUAUCUCAUACAGUAUUAAUUAAGUGUCCUUAAUAAUAUUCUUACCAAUAUUCAUCUCAGAACACCAUAAAUUAGUUUGCAUAUUAUAUCAUACCAUAAUUUCAAUGUCAGGAAAUUGAUUUUUUUUCUUUACUUAUUUGGUUCAUUACUUUUUUAGCAACAAUUGGCAGCUGAUUCAUUGAUACCUCAGUUCACCUGUGUUGUCCAUGAACAGUCCCUAAGUUCAAUAAAAUUUAUAAUUAUAAGUGUUGCCAUUUUGUAUGCAUCAGUUAAAUUAGUUUUUUGAUCAGGAAAAGAUAAUAUGGAGUAUGAAAAUUAAAUAUAAUUAUUGUUUGUUUACAUAUUUAGAUUUUUUUUCAAUAUAUUUAAUUUUAUUUUGAUUAUUUUAUUUUUGUACCUAAGCUCAUUUUUCCAUGUUUCCUUCUGAAAUGAGUACUAAAUGGAAUGUUAGGUACAGAUUGGUGAUCCUACCCCAAUAUGGAGCAAGUGGGUAAUAUAUCACAGAGCACAUUACAAUUUGAGGGGUGAGGCAGA